AUGGCCAAACUUUUCGUCGGCGGCCUGUCCUGGCACACCACGGACGAAUCCCUCCGCGCGGGUUUCGAGCAAUUUGGUGUCGUCGAAGACGCUAUUGUCGUCAAGGACCGUGACUCCGGCCGCAGCCGUGGAUUCGGUUUCGUCCGUUUCGCUUCUGAGCAGGAGGCGGACAUCGCGCAGCAGAACUUGAACAACCAAGAGUUCGACGGUCGUACCAUUCGUGUCGACAAGGCGGCCGAGAGGGCUCCCCGCGGCAACGGAGGUGGUUACAACGGUCGUGGCGGUUACAACAGCCGUGGAGGUGAAGGAGAUUACUCUGGCGGAUACGGCGGAGGUUACUACUAA